AUGUUGAGACGUUACCAGCAACCAAAGCUGCUGAACAUGACCAAACCGAGAUUUGUCCUCGUCCCUGGCGCCUGGAUCAAACCCGACAUCUACUCUAGCGUCAUGGAAGUGGGCAUGUUUGGAGAUAACGAGAGAGGAGAUAUGCUUACUGGUUCAUCCUGGAUGCCUUCGAGGACGUCAUAG